CCGAAAAAAGGAUAAGUUGUUUGUUUCAUUUCAUGCUGCCUGUUCACUCAAUUUAUGUACAGAAGCUCUCUCUUCAUCCAUGGCUUCCCUCUGUAACUCGAUUUCUUUCACUUCUAUUGCUAAAUCAAGUUAUCCAAACAGACCCUUACUUUUCCCUCCAAAGUUCUUGAACACCUUCCAGUUUGCUCGCUCCAUCCCUGCAAUUCGGAGCUCCAAAACCGGAGCCACGAACUCCACAACUUUCCAACAAGAAGACCAUAAGACGAAUGAUGAAUCAAUGAGCAUUGAUAUCCUCCAUCGAUUCUUCAACCUCAAUUUGGGCAAAUGGACUGGUUCUUUUCACCAAUUUGAUGUUGACGGGAGGUUAUUGCAAAAGGUGAAUACAAAGCUUUCGGUGAGCUCUUAUGGAGAAGAUGAACUCAUCAGCCUUAUUCAAUCGUUGUACAUUGAACAGCCUCCCUCAAGCACAUCUAUUUCUGGGCAAGGUGAGGAGCCUGAAUGGGUAGAGUACAAAAUCAAAGAAACAAACAUGUUCACUGUAGACAAGUACCAACAGAUUGCCUUUUUCCCCAAUGAGAAAGCUUUUUCCUUAAGGUAUCAAACAGCUGGCAUGUUGGAAACUGUGCUAAGGCAAGGAGUGCUGGGAGAGGAUGACACAGGAGAAGAGUCACCAAAAAAUCUCAAGCUUCCCUCUCGUCAGCCCUCUAUUGUAUGUGAGAAUUGCCUAUAUUCAAUGGAGAAAGAUAGACGAGUCAGAGCAUUUCAUAUUAUGGAUCCAAAAGGCUUUUUAGAGAUGCUUCUCAUAUUCCUUGAGGAGAGAGGUGAUGGGUUUAUUUCUCAUCCAUCACUUGGAAGUGAUAUGGAUAGCAAGGGCAGAAUUUCACAAUUUCUUGGCAAGUGGAAAGGUCAUUCUGUAACAAAGCGCAGUGGUGUAUAUGGAGCCACAAUUGCUGAAGCUGAUACAGUUGCUUCACUUGAAAUGGAUGAUAAGGGACAGUUGAUCCAGGAUAUUACUUCCACGUCUGAUGUAUGUGAUGUUACCACUAAUGUGCAUUGGAUGGGUACAAUGUCAAAUGACUUGGUCUUGUUUGAUGGAGGAUACCAAAUGACAUUAUUACCAGGGGGCAUGUAUAUGGGAUGUCCCACUGAUAUUGCAAAGAUCAUAGCUGAAUCCAAGGCAUUCCAUUUAGAGUUAUGUUGGCUUGAGGCACCUGGCAAAAGACAGAGACUGGUUCGAACUUAUGAUGCAGAAGGGUUGGCUGUCUCAUCAACUUAUUUUACUGAAGUUAAAGUGUGAGUUCUUCUGCACCACUACAGCUGUGUCUCCCAUCUGAAUGUAUGUAUAAUCCCUGUCUUUCCCAGAUUCCUAAUGGUCUAGCCAAAGAUUUUGGUUCAACAUGAGCAGCAUCUAGGAAAAGGUCCACUUUUAUUGUAUUUGUAAAAUUCUUAAUGUCUAAUAAUUCUUUACAAAUUAC